GUCUAGCAUGAAUCAUUCAUGGUUGCUUUUGGCUUUUGGAUAGCAGCACGGGUUUUCACAAGCUUCCUGAAUAAAUUAUUUAGUCUGAGCCCACACAUCAAAUGAGGGAGGACGCGACAUUCUACGCACGUAGAAAAUCAAAAUUAUAGACCUGAAAAUCGAACCUUUUUCACCAUGCAACUAUAGUGCUAUGGAGUCUAUGAGUAUUUAUGAAAUUCUGAAAAAUUUUCGGGCGCCUCUGAGCGAGGAGCAAGCAUGGGCCGUUUGCUAUCAAUGCACCAGAGAAUUGGUAUCGCAACGCGAAACUGGUUUCCAAACCUUUCAGAAGAACAUAAUUGACAUUCAACUCUCGACCACCAAGAUUUUGAAAGAUGGCUCUGUUGAGUUCACGAGUAUUUCGCCUACUGAAACGCCGCAAAAGGAGAAUGAAGUUUUGUUUCGGCUUGGUAGUUUGGUGUAUGAGUGUUUAGACUUCGGUAUGGAGGUUUGUAUGGAGAGAGAGCUUGACCCAGCGCUAGAGAAACUUAUAACCGAGAUGACGUGCGAGCAGGGAGACGAGGGGAUUUCUGUGCCGGAAUACUGUGACGAUAAACACACAGGAAUACGGGGAACGAGUCCUCCGAAAAAGGAAAGACGCUUAUCCAGCAAAGGGGUUUCAUCUAAAGACAUGAGUUUAGAAAGGGUUUUGCAAAGCUGUACGGAACAUUUAGCCGGCGACCAGGCAAAAUCGCAAGUCCACUUUAAAGCGGUUUGUCGUGCACUUGUCAAUGAAGCUAUUGAACUGACUGCUUUUCUCAACCACCUUUAUAACGGUCAUGAACUUAUGGCGCAGACCUCAGGGCAAGGGGUUGGACUUACAAACUGGGCAUAUCUGCAAAGCCUGCACGCAGCGGAAUGGGCACAGUUAUGGUUGCAAGCAAUGAGAGAGCUGAGACAGGGGGUUACAUUAAGGCAUGUUGUACAUAACAAACUACCGCCGGCUUCGUUUGAGAUGACGCCGUUCGAAAUGCUGUUGGAUGAUAUACGUUAUCGCCGGUUUAACCUGAAUCAUGUGUCCAUUCAGCAGAAUACUCUGAAUAAAUCGAAAGAUGCGCACGAUGUGAUAUUGGACUUUAUCCGCUCUAGACCACCUCUGGCUAGAGUUUCUGAGAGGAAAAUGAACCCUGUUGCAGAAAACAGCCCUAAUUUACACGACAAACUCUUGACGGAAAUCAAAAGCUGUAAGAAAUUAAAACCUACACCGCAGCCGGUGCUGAAAACAGUGCAGGAAAUUUACUACGGCGAAGAUUUGAAUCUCGUUCCAAAUGAUAUCUCCGCAUCUGUCACUCACAAACGACGACGCCUAAAACCAGAUUUGGAGUUUGUGGAAAAAAUCAGUCGAUGGGACUCGCCAACGCCAGAUUCUUCCCCUGAGGAAAAGCAGAUACCAAGAUCGUCUGUGGUAGAAAUCAAAUCUGUUAGAAGCCGAAGUCUACCUACGUCUCCUCGCGCAGAGCUUUUUGAGCAAUUUGACAGCGUUGCGGACGUCAAGCAGUUCGAUUCGUCUAGAUCGAGUGGUUUCUACGAGCCGGGCUCGAGCCAGUCAAGCUUAGACUCAGUGGAGGAUAAUAGUUGUGUGAGGAAUGGAAAAUUUAGUGGGAAUUAUACGCUUGGGUUUGAUGACAACCCCAUUUUCCCGCCCUCCCUACGAAACCUUCAAAAUAUGAAGGUGACUGCAAAGAUCUAUAUGACAUUGAAUGAAGUCAGGCACAUGUGCAAAACGCUCGCGAUGCUUGAGCUUGAAAACUUUGAUCCUGAUGAUCCAACAUACCGCAGCCUGAUCUCGGGCCAAUUGUGCUUCUGUUGCCGCAAAAGGAAGUUCUCCUUAUUUGGUGAAUGGUCGCGACCAUGUUACAUAUGCGAGAGCUGCGUUUGCUCGCACUGUCUACACAAAGUGGAGACGUCAUCUAGUUACGUAUUCAUGGAGAAUGAGUGCACCAAUAAGAGAGAUUCUGGGUUCUGUGACUCAUCGCCGUAUUUUCCUGUGUGUGCUAGCUCAAUGCCUAAUUCAUUCAGUUCGCCAGCGCUGACGACUCAUUGCAUGCCAACAAAAACACAUCGAGUCUGCUUAACUUGCAAGAGGUUCAUCAGUAAGCACUGUUAGUGGUCCCAGCAUGUGGACGAGCCUUGGGGGACCCCUAAAAUGUGAGACGCUGUGAAUGGUGUUGUUUGUGAUAAUUAAAGUAAGGGAGCUUAUGUACUUGUUGGUGGGUGGAUAAAAGGAGGUAGUACCGGUUAAAGGAUUUUUAAUAUCAUAUCGUUGGAUCCCCAUCGGGUGUUUACGUCACUCUAUGCGUAAGGGGUCCUCCAUUUGGCUUACGAUAUUACCGCCAAUUAGAAUGUAGAAUCGUGAUCAGUAGGAGAGAAGUGUUAUAGAAAACAAUUAUAUAUAUUUAAUUACUAAAAGAGUGAAUGAAUAUUUUGUAAUUUCUAUCAAGCGUAGUUAGUAUAUGUGCUUAUUUGGAUGCAAAUAUUCAGUGUCUAGCAUUUUUGCUGUUAUAGCUUAGAUGGUUUGCGAUUGGUUUGAGAAAUUUCAUGCAGACAUAACUUAUUUACAUCUUGGUACUUUUCGUUUUUCAUUUUCUUUCAAUCGUGGAUGUCUGGGAAAAAAAUAAUAGACAGAAUCUAAUCAAUAUUUCGCCUUGGGCAAUUCUCAAUAUCGCGCGUCUAAAUCAUGAAAAUAAAUUUCAGUUUCAAAAAGGAUUUUAUGUGAAAUCAUAUCAGAUAUACAAAAGUGCUUUCAAUAAUUUAUCUUCUUGUGAUAAGCAUACUUUGCUCGUGUGUUUUCUUCCUACUGCAAAGAGCCAUUUGAAUUCUAGUACUUGAUCGUAUUUGCCCUGUAGGCACUAACUCAUUCGCUGUAAAUAGGCGCAGUAUUUCGCUAACGUAGCUGGCAGGGUAUAUCUGUACGCAUCUAUACAUAAUGUAAAAAGAAUAAAACAUUUUUUGAUA